AUGGCGGACAUGCACCAUCGUAAAAUGGGCGUGCGUUCGCAGCAGAGCUACAUGCAACAACAGACAGUUGCGUCCCCGCCGCAAUUUUCAGUCUACCAGCAGCAAAUGCAAGCUCAGGCCCAACAAAACUCGUACCAGUAUCAACAGUAUCAGAAGCAGCAGCAGCAGCAGCUACAGCAACAACACCAAAGUAAUGUGUCAGGCUUAUAUUCCAAUAGAAGCGGCGGAUAUCGUAAUACAGGCACUACUACCACCCGUUCUGGAAUUCAAAAGUCUGCGUUUUCGGGGGCAAAAAUGGGCAUUAAAAGUGGCAUGACGGUGGAAGAUCUUAAGCGGCUUACACAGAAAAGGAUGCAGCAGUCGGUGACUAACAACCCAGGAACACCCAAGAAUCAUGGGCCCGAGGGUUUUUCGUCAUCGAGAUCAGCCACGCCCAAAAUUAAUAUGGCUGUGGUCAAUGCAACAUCUACACCGGCAGCAGUGGCUACUCCACCAGUUGUUCCCAAGACAGGCAUGUCGGUGCAGGAGCUGAAGCAGCUUACGGCGCUGCGUGUAGCAUCGCAAAAUGUUCCAGUUCACGCAAGUGAAGCUACUGGACUUGUAAGCAAAGCAAUGCUGAACAAUGCUGCCAAGAUAUACUACCAUGAUACUCUACGUAGCUCGCUCACGCCGGUACACACACCCAAACGCGCACAUCACACGCAAAGUAACAGCAGUACGCAGUAUAGCGGGUUUGGAAACGAGCUUAGUCGCAGUCAUGGGCCGAGCGAUCUUAGUCGCAGUCAUGGGCCGAGCGAUCUUAGUCGCAGUCAUGGGCCGAGUGAUCUUAGUCGCAGUCAUGGACCUAUGAGCUCGGGAUUGGGAGAUGCAAACUUAACACGUGGACACCGUAGUCGUUCGCGCAGCUCGCAGCUGCCGAAUGUUGACACGUCGGUGGGCAGCAUGUCCGUGCGCUACUCAUACACCGGGGGUCAGACACCUGAGGAUUACUUUUCUUCCUACGAUUUUGGAGGAGCUGACGGCGGUAACUCGACUUCUUCUCAAGAAACGGACCCUGGUCGUGGCAGUCUCGACGACAGCGCAACUCCUGCCCGCAAUUCUUCACUGCAGUUCACCCAAGAUUCGUUUCCACCGCCACCGCCAAUGGACGAAAGUGGUGGAUUCGUUUCCUCGGCGCUACCGUCUUGGUCUCCUCCUCCAGCUCGAAGUAAGAAGCUUAACGCCUCCGCAAACAGUGGCGCCACUUUUUACAACCAGCAAACGUCUUACUAUAACAUCGCGUCACGAGAUGAAUCAGCCAUGACAAGUGACAGUGUCGCUAGUGUAAGUCAAGUACAAGAUCAGCAUUCCGUGCUGUCACCGCCACCUGGACUCACAAGGCGGUCUUCUAUGACGGUGCCCUGGCAAGUAGCUGAGGCCGUGCUCAUGACACCACAGACCAAUACUGCGCGAAAAAAACUGGAUUUGGAUACUGAGAACAGUGUGAGUGGGCUAAACUCGUCCGCUGCUGAAGCUGCGGCCCAACUUACCGGAUUGCCAUUACAGCCGUCAGCGCGCAGUCGGGGUAGUACAGGUGCGCAACCACACCCACCAUUAUCAUCCUCAUCGACGUUGGCAAGCUCCCCCUCAAGCUCAAUUAAUAUUCCGCAACUUGGAAGCGCGGCUCGGCGUGGCAGCUUUGGCAAUGCUGCUGAAUUUUUCAAGUUUCGUCGGCGUAGCAAAAGCCGUCUUGAACUUGCUCGUGAUUUGUCUUUUACCGAUAAUGGUGAGAUGGGAGGACAUCCGAGUUGCGGUACAGCUGGUGCGAUGCCAGGAAUAGCUGAGCGACGCGGUGAUGCCAAUGAUGGAAUUCAAGAGGAUUCGGAUGCGAGUUCAUCAACUUCAGCUAAAGAUGAAUCAAGCUCGCAAGACUACACGGAUGAGGAUCUUGUGCAAGUGACUGGGGGUUAUGAUGAUACAGCAGAAAUUUCGGGCAGCUUUGUGUCCUUUUACAACGCUUCUCGGCAGCAACAGGGCAGUGGCGGUCUUGCAGCGCUGUCAAUCCCUCCACCACCACCACCGAUGGCAGAUGACGACGACGAUGUUUCUACUACGUCGUCGACAAAAGGCAAUGGCUUGCCGAUGAUGAGUCCGAACGGUGCGCGGCUUCGAAAAGUUGCAGAAUUGGCCCGUCAGGGUAGCUUAAGUAGCGAGGACAAGACUCGCGCCAAGGACGAAAUUAUUCAGAGCUCUCUGGGAAUCGGUGCGAACAGCGCAGCACGCCUACUAAUUACUAAAAAGGAAGAUCGGGGAAGCCGUGUUCCGGCCACGGCGCCGUCGGUGACAGCACCACCUGGCUUCCCUCGCUCGACGCCAAAGGCCUCUGCAAAGAAAAUCCUUGCACAUGGAUCUGGAAUUGUACGUAGCAGUACAGUUGAGCGUGCGGGCUCGUUAGGCACUCCCGCCAGUGCGGCUGUAGCAGCUGCGGCUCUUGGUGCCAGUACGGUAUUGUCGGGUCAAUGUGCCACAUCAGAACAAGCUGAAGUUAUUGGUAGCAGCACUUUGGAAGAACGACUUGCUGCUGCAGCGCAGAAAGUUGCAAAUUGUGUUGGCAAGAGUGAUAUGACAGGAUUCCAGCAGGCUAUGGAUGAGCUCGACUGGCUUCGUAAUGAAGCUAGCAAGAUGAUGCGUGAAGCUUGA